AUGGCGCGCGCACGUCUUACACCCUGCAGUAGCUGGCAGGAGUCUGUUGAUUUCGCCCGAAGUGAGGAGAGAGAUGGUCCGGUCUGGGCCGUGAUUGGUCGGCGGCUACGGCGUCGGCGAAUGCGGUCCGGGGUGGUGGGGGGGUCAGCGGGCCAAUCCUGGCAGAGCGGGGAAGGGCUCCUGUUGUCGGACGUCGUGGGAGUGAGCUGUGGUGCUGUUUAUCACUAUGCUGUGCGGCGGGGGUUCAGGGCAUUUGCGAGUCGCGCUCGGUCGGCGUGGUUCGCGUCUGGCGUGGCCGCUGAGUUGGCGUGCUCUGGCGGCCUUGUAUUUAUAAGUGCCUGGGCACUUGUGAAUUGA